GACAGACUAUAAAGAGACCCAAUGUCCUGUUUUAAUCUGUCUAAUGACAGAAAAUCUUCAGCAAAGUACUACGAAAAUCUUUCAACGAAUAUACCUAAAGCAACUCUUUGAAGAUCUGCACAAUGGAAAUUGAUAAAGCACUGAGGAAUCUGAAGAACAGUGAUGAAAUAAGAAUAGUGCUCAUUGGAAAGACUGGAGUAGGAAAAAGUGCAGCAGCAAAUACCAUCCUAGGAGAGGAAAAGUUUGAGUCAGAUCUGUCCUCCUCCUCUGUGACCACAGAUUGUGAAAAAGCCAGAAAAUGUGUGGGUGGCAGGAAAGUAGCCAUUAUUGACACUCCAGGCCUUUUCGACACAAAAGAAGAAGAUACAGAGAUCGAGCGCAAGAUUAAACAGUGUGUAUCACUAUCUGCGCCAGGCCCUCACGUGUUUCUUGUGGUUCUACAACUUGGGAGAUUUACAUUAGAGGAGAAAAAUACAGUGGAGCGAAUUCAGAAAAUCUUUGGGGAAAAAGCAUCAAAAUACACAGUGGUGUUGUUCACUCAUGGAGACAGGUUGAAGAAAAAAACAAUUCAUCAGUUUGUUAGAGAAAGCCCAGACCUGCACCAAUUCAUCAUUACCACUAGUGGAAGAUACCAUGUUUUUAACAACAAUUUAAAAGAUUCAAACCAAGUGAACAUGCUCUUUGAUCAGCUGGAUCAGCUUAUCAUUGCGAAUGAUGAACAAUAUUACACCAAUGACAUGCUACAAGAAGCCGAGAGAGCAAUUGAGGAAGAAAAACAACGACUAAUGGAGGAAGAACGACUGAGUGAACAGGAAGCAAGAGACAAAGCAGAAAGAAACAAUAAGUUUCUGAAAACUGGUUUGGCUGUGGCAGGAAUUGGUGUAGCUGUUGCUGUGGCUGUAAAAGCUUUAUUUUGAUUAGAAAUGCUUGCAAUGCAUAACAGUGUUGCAUAAAUAUAUUAGAAUAAAUGCCUGUAUAAUAUUCAUUUUGUUGCAUGAUAGUUUCAUAGUUUUAUUUGGUGGGAGAUUGCAGUUGUAAUGUAAAUCUGUAAACAAUAAAAAUGUAAAUUAAAAUCUUUUGUGGCAUAGAUACAUUCAGCUUGAAUUGCACAAACACAUAAUGGUUAAACUUUAUUGAGGUUAUAAUUAUAACAGGGUGACUUUUUGAGCCGAUUUUCCUAUCAAAACAACUGAGCUAUGAAGUUCCAUUCUUUCCAGG